CUUUAGUGGUCAGUUGAGGCAGUUGGAUUGAGGACAGCACACUGAAUCAGAAAUGAGCUUCAAGUUGCAGAACGUAAAGGACUGGCUGACAGCGGAGCGCGUGGCCAUAUUCUUUGGUCUGCUAUCCACCUGCCUGAUUGUGGCGCUUGUGAUGGUGCUUGUCCACAGGGACAAUUUGUGGCUGCAGCUGGACGAGGCACAGCGGAAAUUGGAUGUUCUCGAGGACUACAUACAAAACCAUUUGCGGACUGCCACGCCCGACCAACUAUUGAAGUCAAGGGGACAACAGAUGAUUCUUAGGCUUAAUAAUAGUUUAGUUUUUCGUAUUUUGUGGGCUUCAAUAAACAAUCAUUUAAUAUCAUUUCACAAUUAAUUGAACUUCCUAGCAAAUGCAAGCACAAUCGUAUAA